CUCAUUAUCUUAUGACGUCAAUAGAAUAUAUGGCAGGCCGUUGACGUCCGCUGCGAGAGACAACAGUCUGUGAGAUGGGAGAGCAGGAUUUCGCCGAUAAUGACUGGGAAACUUCACAAAAAUGUUCGGUUUUUCGAUCGACAAUGGAUUCAUAUAGUUACAGACUGACACAUGAUCUGAGUCUGGACAGCUUUCAAAGUGAGGAUAUAUUCAGUUACGAGAAAUCAGCAAGGUCCCCUACUGGCUCAGUAUUCAGUAACGACUCAUUCACAUUAUACAAUACACCAAGGCGGAUAGGUUCGACGUCCAGCUCAAAAGAUGGCUCUCAAACAGAGAAGGUCCGGGAGGACAUGAUCGAGCUAGAGCUCUCUGAGGGAAGGAGACCGUACCAUCCUGAUGACGACCCCGGAGACGAGGCAAAGAAACUCCUCACUAUACUGGACGAUGAGAGGAUGGGGAGGAAGAAUGAGAAGGGGACGGGAGAGAGUAAAGAUAGGGAGAAAGGAAGGGGAUCGCCAAGUAAAGCAAAGGAAAGUUCUCGGAGAAGAAGAGCAAGUUCCAAGGAAAACGAACACAGUUCAGGUCAACGGUCAGGUGAACGAAGAAGAAAAUCAAGAAGAAAAGCACGCAAGCUGCCACAGAUGCCAACUCAAGUUCCAGCUAACCUCCAAGCCGAAUUACUUGCCGCCGAACAGAGGCCUCUUGCCUCACCAACUGACGAUUCUCAGUCGCCAACGGACAACUGUCAGCCCCAGUCAUCGCCCUCACCGGUGACAUCACCAGACACACCAGGAAAAGUACCACAGGCCUCAUCUCAGCCCUCUCGGCCAAGCCAACUAACCCUCCCAGCCGCCACCCUCUCCCACACCUCUGCCCCCGUCCCGGACCCUGUCCUUCCAGAGGAGGUGCCACGCCCGAUUGUAGAAUCCAUCUCGCCCCACUUCACCCCCUUCCUUUCCAACACCAACCUCCUCCUACAAGAGGACUCCAGUCCGGAGAGCCUCCGGAAGAAGAAGACGUUCUCGAUCAAACGGGCUGCGCCUCAGUUCCGGAGACCACCGCCUCCAAAGGAUAACGACCCUUCAGAUGAUGAACAACCGUGCUUCCAGCCCGUAACCUUGGUGAUCGACGGAGAACUCAAGGUGCAAUCCCACAAGGCCCUCUAUCGCUUCUUCCCUCGCCACGACGACGAGAUACUCCUGGACAAGGACGACCCGGUCUAUGUAGAGGUCAAAGGGGAUGACCUCUGGUAUGAGGGUAUCAACCUGAGGACCGGAGACGAGGGCUGUUUCCCAAGCAAAUAUGUGAGAGAGUAUACUAUGGAAGUCGAUGGUCAGCCGGGCGCACCAAUCAAGAGGGUUCAUAUAAGCAGAUUCCGACUGCAAUUCCUUGGUUCAGUAGAAACGCCCUUUCACAGAGGCAAUGAAGUUUUAUGCAGGGCUAUGCAGAAGGUCGUUAUGGCCCGGAGGAUGACCCCUGACCUUCGACCCCCGACAAAGUGCAUUCUAGAAAUCAGCGACAACGGGGUCAGAAUGAUUGACCAGUCGAAAUCUCCGAAACCGGAGGAGCGAAAGGAUUCGGUGAGGAAGAAGGUGGAGAAAUUCCUGAGCGGGAAACCAAAAGGACACAACUACUACUUUUCCCUCAAGAAUAUAUCAUACUGUGGCUUCCAUCCGCAAAGCUCAAAAUACUUUGGAUUCAUCACCAAACAUCCCAACGAUAGACGAUUCGCUUGCCACGUAUUCAUAACAGAAAACGCACAGAGUGGACAACCGCUCGCGGAAGCCAUGGGUGCUGCUUUUAAACGGUUCUAUGCUGAAUUCCUAGACUACACCAAUCCUACAGAAGACAUCUAUCUAGAAUGAUGAUAGGCACUCUUAGAUCUUACCGUUCCUAGCAUAGACAUCACCAAGUUACAGACUGUAGUUGGGCUGCUUCCAGUGCUGUACACCAAGUUCCUAGACUACACAAGUUCCAAAGAAUACCAUUCCAAGGGCUGCUUGCAGUGCUGCAUUAAAAAAAGGCAGUUCUAGUCGUAGACCAGACCAUCCUUGCAGGUGACACCAGGCUUUGCUGAGUUCCAGGCUAGGCUGCUUCCAGUUCAGUUCUAGCUCUAUUUCCUAGACCAACCAGUCCUGCAGUAGACAUCUAUCCUAUCGUAGUAUUCACAUAUUUCCACAGCAAUGUGCUAUUACCACAGCCUUGCAGUAGUAAUGUAAGUACAGUGUGUAUUCUGAAAUACUGUGGUCAACAAUUCUGCGCUGUGUUUUACUGAGAUUCAUACCAUAUAGGAAUUUAAUUAUACUUUUCUUAUAGAGCAUGUGACAUGGUAUCAGAAGUUUUUAAGCGCUCUAGAAUAAAUGCAGUAUUUAUCUCACCUGGCGGGUGUUUCAUAAAGCUGUUCGUAAGUUAAGAGCGACUUUAAGAACGACUGGUGAU